GAACAGCAGAAGGAAAAACUUGUUCUGGACAUGCGAAAACAAAAGAUGGUCAGAGAUGAAGUGGACUUAGAGCUGAUUGGGCACGACAUCCAGAAACAAAGGCAAAUAUUACAACAAGACAAACAACAGAUUCAAGAACAAAGGGAAGAGUUGGAACGCACAAUAGUGGAACUAUUCAAGAAGGUGGAAGAAGCAAACAAUCUGUUUGAUGUAAUCAACAAAGACAAAUCCAAAAUGAAAGAGCUUAACCUUUGUCUGAAAACCCGAGGAGAUAAACUUAAGGUUCUCAUGAACAUGAUUGCUUUAAAACCACAAAGACUACAAAGUGAAAGUCCAGAAUUCCACACACAAACACAAAAUCUAGAGCUCUGCAGGAAGAGAAUACAGGAGACGCAAGAAGAGCUGGAGGAUUUGAUGAAGAACGCUAUCACCAUGAAGGAACAGGUUCAAGUUUCCAUCAGCGGCAUCCAGAAGGACAAAGACCAAAUGAUUUCAAUGAAGAAGGACAUUGAAAAAGACAGAGAAAAACUGUCAUAUGAGAAGGAGCGCCUGAAAAGAGAACGGUCAAAGUUCAAAAUGAGACAAGAUAAACUCUUGAAUAAAUUGAAGUCAACAGCUAACCUUAGACUAACACUUCAAGGAGUUAAAGAUGCAGUCUGGGAGCACACCAAAGAGAAAAUUGGAAGACUAAAUAAGACUCAUGAAGACGCACAGUUGUUGUGUAUUUCCCUGGAGAACAAGCUUUCAACUGUUGGUGAGAAGAUGAACAGAAUAACUCCUUACAAAGAGUUAUUUGAAAGAGAAAAGAUCAAUCUAAGAUCCAUCAUUUCUUCCAUGAGUAAUCAGAGAGAAAUGAUGGAAUAUCAGUGGAAGAAAAUGGUUGACUUGGACAAAGAAGAUCUAAACAAAGUGAAGGCAGAGCUGAAAUUGGACAGACAGAAUCUGGAAGGAGUGGCUGGCAAAAUAGACAAAGAUAAAGUGGGCUUAGAAUUGAUGAUGUCUGAUAUCCAGAAAGAGCGUGCAAUAUUACAAAAAGAACAACGUGAUAUUAAAGAAGAGAGAGAGCAGAUGAAAAUCACAAAGACUCAACUAGACCUGAAGGAUGAUGAGUCCAAGAGUUGCUGGGCUGAGAUCCACAAAGAGAAAGCCAAACUUAAAGAUUUGUCUGUUUCAGUCCAAAGAAAACAGCAAAGACUUCAAGACAUCAUGAACACGCUUGCCCUAAAACAACAAGACACACAAAGGAGAGGUCAAAUGUUCCACACACAAACCCAGACACUACAAUCUAAAAGGAUCCAAGUACAGAAAGAAAAGGAAGAGAUUGAAGUUUUGAUGAGCACUGCAAACAAGAUGAAAGAGUGGCUUAAAGCUGCCAUGGCCAGUGUCCAUAAGGAAAAAGAACCAGCUGAUUAUUCGAGGGUGGAAAGGAGAGAAGAAAAACACAUGCUUUCAACCCAGGACAUAGAACUUGAAAGAGAAAGGUAUGAGCUGAAAACAAGAGAAGAUGACAUUGCCUUGGAGAAACGUCGAGAAACAGAACGUCAUAAAGUUCAAAUUCAACACCUGAAAGAAAAACUAAAUGAAUACAUGACAAUCAAAAGGGACCAGCUAAAACUAAGCACUGAAGGUGUUGAGAGACUCCAUGUUGUCUUGGGACAAAUGCUUCGUAGCCUUAAUGAACAGAAAGAAAAUAUGGCUGGUUAUAAAGAAGUAUUUGAGAGAGAAAAGGAAACUCUUAAUGCGCUCCUUUAUGAUACACAAAAACAAAGAGUACAACUGGACAAUCAAUGGAACCAACUGAUCAACAUGGAACAAUGGAACGCAAUUACUCUUCAAGCAGAACAGCAGAAGGAAAAACUUGUUCUGGACAUGCGAAAACAAAAGAUGGUCAGAGAUGAAGUGGACUUAGAGCUGAUUGGGCACGACAUCCAGAAACAAAGGCAAAUAUUACAACAAGACAAACAACAGAUUCAAGAACAAAGGGAAGAGUUGGAACGCACAAUAGUGGAACUAUUCAAGAAGGUGGAAGAAGCAAACAAUCUGUUUGAUGUAAUCAACAAAGACAAAUCCAAAAUGAAAGAGCUUAACCUUUGUCUGAAAACCCGAGGAGAUAAACUUAAGGUUCUCAUGAACAUGAUUGCUUUAAAACCACAAAGACUACAAAGUGAAAGUCCAGAAUUCCACACACAAACACAAAAUCUAGAGCUCUGCAGGAAGAGAAUACAGGAGACACAAGAAGAGCUGGAGGAUUUGAUGAAGAACGCUAUCACCAUGAAGGAACAGGUUCAAGUUUCCAUCAGCGGCAUCCAGAAGGACAAAGACCAAAUGAUUUCAAUGAAGAAGGACAUUGAAAAAGACAGAGAAAAACUGUCAUAUGAGAAGGAGCGCCUGAAAAGAGAACGGUCAAAGUUCAAAAUGAGACAAGAUAAACUCUUGAAUAAAUUGAAGUCAACAGCUAACCUUAGACUAACACUUCAAGGAGUUAAAGAUGCAGUCUGGGAGCACACCAAAGAGAAAAUUGGAAGACUAAAUAAGACUCAUGAAGACGCACAGUUGUUGUGUAUUUCCCUGGAGAACAAGCUUUCAACUGUUGGUGAGAAGAUGAACAGAAUAACUCCUUACAAAGAGUUAUUUGAAAGAGAAAAGAUCAAUCUAAGAUCCAUCAUUUCUUCCAUGAGUAAUCAGAGAGAAAUGAUGGAAUAUCAGUGGAAGAAAAUGGUUGACUUGGACAAAGAAGAUCUAAACAAAGUGAAGGCAGAGCUGAAAUUGGACAGACAGAAUCUGGAAGGAGUGGCUGGCAAAAUAGACAAAGAUAAAGUGGGCUUAGAAUUGAUGAUGUCUGAUAUCCAGAAACGAGCGUGCAAUAUUACAAAAAGAACAACGUGA